GCAACAACGCCUCCAAAGAGUGACACGACAAAGAGUACUUCUGCCCUACAAACCUACAAACACGCUUAGCGCGUUCAGCCCACGAUGAUACCCAUCAUCGCCGAAAUAUUCAACAGGGGCAUCUCAGGCGUUCCAUCUCUCUUUAAUGUCCUCAAGUACGUAUCAUGGCUCGUGGUCAUCUUCGUAAUGAAAUGGUACUUUGGAGGAGCUGUCAACAAAUCCGAGAGGAACAUGCACGGGAAAGUGGUGAUGAUUACUGGUGGAACUUCAGGCAUUGGUGCUCAUGUAGCUGAAGGUCUUGCAAAACGAGGCGCCCAACUUGUUCUUUUGACGCAGCAUGCACUCUCCGAUCCUUUCAUGGUCGACUACGUUAUGGACCUCCGACUGCGAACAAACAAUCAGCUCAUCACUGCUGAGUGCGUGAACUUGGCAUCUCUCCACAGCAUUCGGCAGUUCGCGACAAAAUGGGUAGACAAUGCUCCUCCCAGGAGAUUGGACAUGAUCAUACUUUGCGCGAACAAUUCUUCCCCUGGCAAGAGAAAGGUGUUCAGCGAGGAUGGAUUGGAAUAUGAUCUGGCCGUAAAUUACCUCUCAAACUUUCACCUCCUCAGCAUCCUUAGUCCUGCUAUUCGAGCUCAACCCCCCGAUCGAGACGUUCGCAUCAUAUUUGGCACAUGUAGCUCAUACCUGGGAGGGUCUCUCCCAAACUUUGCGGAACACAUUGCGGUGGAUGGGGUAUCGCAGAAGCAAUCAAAGAAAGAGGAGUUCAAGAGCCCAAAUGUGGCUACGUACACAUCAUCAUCGUACCAGAUUUCAAAGCUCUCGCUUAUGAUCUUUGCAACUGCUUUCCAAAAGCUGCUUAAUGCGUAUGUGAGACCAGAUAAGCAUGCCAACAAUGCUCGUGUGGUUAUGGUGGACCCGGGCUGGUCUCGCACACCAGGCAUGAGGCGCCACAUUAGUAAUGGUAGUCUCCUAGGUCUCUUCCUAUAUCUAUUGACCUGGCCCGUUUGGUGGCUAGUCUUGAAAAGCCCCGAGCAAGGUGCUCAGACUUUCUUGUAUGCAGCCAUGGAAGCAAAUUGGGGUAAGGGCGAAGGCGGCAAGUUCUUGAAAGAGUGUAGAGAGAUGCUGCCGUUGAAGAACGAGAUAUUCGACGAGGCUAUACAGAAGAAGCUCUGGGAGGCUAGUGAGAAGACAAUCGAAACUUUGGAAAAACAGGGUGCUUUGAAGCGGGCUCAGGCAAAGAAAGAGGCCACUGCCAAGCAAAAACAAUGAAACUCAGCCCUCGUCAACAUCAGGCUCGAAUAUCGCACAAUAUCG